AUGGGAGCGCAGGUGUAUUUCAACAAGAUGGAAACGUUGUACUGUUCGGUACCACCGCCGGUAAAAAUCAGCCAUCGGCAGCAUUCCGUGACGAAAACAAAACUAACCAGAACCAAACGGAAUCUGUUCGGUGCGGUCAAAUCUGAUGAAGUUAAGCAAAUUUACGUCGCACAAAUGCUGCUGCAGGAAGAAGAAAAGAAGCAAAAAUGGAACUUCGAUUUCCGGCACGGCAUUCCGCUGAAUGGGAAGAUGCAAUGGGAGCAGGUUAACCGUGUCCCGGUGGUUCCGAUUUGGAGUACCCAGGCUGCACAUGUCUUAACUAUCGCCAAUUCCUCCGGGGUUAAACGAACGAGUAGCGUCAGCUCCGAAGAUUGCGUUUCGUCGGAAGAAUUGUUGGAUGAGCGAGCGGAACGUGCCAACCGAGACAUCGGUGUGGAUGUUGAUUCCCACGAUGAGUCACAAUCUUCAACUCCCUCGACACUGUCCCCGGUCCAAGGAGAGGACGCGGUACAAAUUCUGCCCAGUCCUACCCAGCGCACCGUUUCGCCAAAGCCAUCGUCGUCGAAGGGUUCGAAAAUGAGGCAGCCGCAAAUUACAGAAUAUAUGAAGGAACGCAAGCGUCGCCUAUCGUCCAACGUUCCGGUGGAGAAAAUUUCCGCCAAAAAGGUACGCAUGAUGUUGGCGACCCCCGAGAAUGGCGUUGGUCAGCAGCAGCAGCCGGAGGAGGUUGCAACGUCAUCAGCGAACUAA